AUGAAGAUAUUCUGGCUAUAUCGAUUAAUUUUUUACUUCAUAAUCUCAAUGACAAUCGGACCUUUCUACGACGGCUGGUCGUCCACAGCCAAGUAUUUGAUAAGCGAAGGAGUUUUCUCGAAGCUUUGUGAGAAUGUAGAUGACCCGCCAAAGCUGUUUUACCUGAAACCACUAUGCGACAACCAGGCCUACAAUGUUGGCAGAUUGCUGUCGUUUUACAGGAUUUCAGAGUUUCUGUCAAGCAUUUUCACAGGGAUCUUUAUGGACAACGUAGGGCCCAAAAUCACGGUUUUACUGUCUAUAGUCCUCAGAGUUAUUUCCUGGGUCCUGAUACCGACAUGUAAUAACGUUCACGCAGUGAUCAUCCUAUCGUGUAUUCUCUGCGGGAUCUCCUCAAACGGAAUAGCCUUCCCAGUGUUCACUAUCGCACAAUACUCAAAGAAGUUUUUUAACGUAUGCAUGAUUGCAAUUUCAGUUUCCCUAAGCUUCGGCACAUUUUACACCUUCAUCCUUAACCGAAUCAAGUACUCACUUCAUGACCACAAACCCAUCAACAUCAUCGUGGUCAUGCUCAUUUUAACCCAUCUGCCCAUUUUCAUACUCUCGUCCAUUCUGUUCCCGAACUUGCUCGAGAAAGAUGUGAAGCUGAACAUAGUGGACGAGCUAAAUUCUAAAAGGACAAAAACUGCGUCAAAUGAUGAGGUAGAAGAUGUAUUCAUUCACAACAAUAAGUGGGAAUUUAGAACUUUUUUAUCAAUUCUAGGGAGAAUUGACAUUCUCGUUCUAUCCUUCGCCUCGAUGGUUAACGUGAUUUCACUCACCUUUGCUCAGGAGUCGUUCCCAAUUUUGUACGGGGAUAACAAGACUGCUCUCACGGUCAACGAAAUUUUAAUCCCGCUUUCCUUUAUUUUUUCCAUACUCUCAACCUUUGUUUUGAACAAGGUGGGCUCCGUUCCCAUCAUACUGUUCCUCAACGUCGUUAGUGCAGUCAUGCACAUGUCAUUGUUCUUUACCAACUUGCCGGCGUCCAUCUUCACCAGCAUUUUAAUGUCACUGAACUACAGUCUUUUCAUGACUCAGUACUACAUUUACUUGGACAGUCAAGUUCCUAUACAGUAUCAGGGAAGCAUUAAGGGUUUCCUCGUCACUCUCAUCGGUUUUGUUCUCUUUGUCAACAUUGGGCUAAAUUAUCUUUCCAAAACUUAUUUCUACACCAGGGAGAUACACUUGGCGCUCAUGGCGAUUCGUCUUUUGGUAAGUUUGCCUCUGUACUUUUUCUUGAGGCGAGAGCUCCCUCAGCGGUCAAGGUCAUUUGAUAAGCCUUAA